AUGACUGCUCCGAACUUACAGGUCCGCAAUGAAGAAGCACCAUCUGAGGGAAGCUUCCACCAGACUGGGAUCUUAGAUGUCGGACAUCAUUCCGAGUCAAGUCGAUCGCAAACCAUAAUCGAAGAUCUCAUUCAGGCGCAGGUAGCUGAGAAGUCUAUCCAUGACAUCCUCGUUGAUCUCGGUACCCCGUUUGUCUCUCUUGCGGUUCUCGAGGAAGGACGUAUCACAGCAAAAAUCAUUGGACCGCCAAGUUCUUCGUCGAGCGAUUCUACGUUGAAUAAUGACACCAUCUUUCAGGCAGCUAGCAUAUCAAAGCCAAUCACAGCCAUGGCUGUCGUGAAGCUCUGCCAGGAGGGCAAACUUGAUCUCGACAGCCCGAUUUCCGAGUAUCUUAGUCAAGAUCAGAUAUUGUGGUUCUCAACCCCCAAAACUCUACCGUUGGCGUCGCAAAUCACUCUCCGGCAACUACUUUCUCAUACAUCAGGUCUUUCAUGUCACGGAGUCCCAGGCUACGCAACUAUAGAUGUCCCAACCGUUGAGCAAAUCCUGCGAGGCGAUGGACCAAGUAACAACGAACCUAUAACAAUGGCAUUUGUCCCUGGUCAAGGAUCCCAUUACUCCGGUGGUGGUCUCACAGUGGUUCAGCUGAUUCUUGAGGUCCGUCUCGGCAAGCCAUUCUACGAACUCAUGGAUGAGCUUGUCCUCCGUCCUUUGGAGAUGACUCGAAGCAUAUUCAAAUUCCUCCCUGAGAGCGAGAAGAAUUAUGCUCCUGCCCACAUGAACGGCAUAAUCAGAUCGAAUCCAGAUCAUCAUAACUUCCCAGAACGCGCAGCGGCUGGAUUGUGGACUACGCCCACGGAUCUCCUGAAAGCCAUACGAGCUAUGCAGAAAUCUCUGGAUUCUGGUGGCUUUCUUGAGCGUAAGUGGGCACAAGAAAUGCUGACGGAAGUGGAGAGGUUUGGUAUAGGAUGGAGAGCGAAGAAAGGAGAGGGUCAGUUUGGUCAUUCUGGGAGCAAUGAUCCUGGGUAUCUCUCCUUUGUCGGUGGAUUUGCUGAACUGCCACACGGGGAUGAUGAUAAGGUUGAAAAGAAGGCGUACCCAAAAGACUGUGGUAUUGGUGUCAUGACGAGCUCCGUGCUCGGCAUGGUGGUGAUAGAGAAGAUUGUCGCAGCAGUUGCCUACGUCAAGAACUGGCCAGCGAUACCCGAACUCGAAUCGGUACCUUUCAUGGACCGCAAGAAAACGAUCGAUCAGAAAGCUAAAGAGUGGUGUGGAAAGUGGGGUCCCGGGGACUGGACAUUGUUUGAAAAUCAUGGAUUGUUUAUCCAGGUUGGAAAGUUUCCACCGAUGCCACUUGUUGCGGCAGCCUGUCCGCCGCAGCAGUAUGAUGAAGGGAGCUCGAUUGAUCUCGUGAUAGAUGGGUUGGAGAUGAUGCUCAGACUUGGUUGGAAGGAAAAAGCUAGGAUCAUUGAGGUAUGGCAGGAGGGAGACAUACGAUCGCUUGAACGAUUGGAGAAAGAGGACAAACAGUAG